AUCAAAGCGACCAUUUCAGACACACACAUCUCUCUCUACACACACAACAGAGCGCAGCAAUUGUAGCCGGAAAGUUCUCAUCGGAGAAUUUCGAGGAUGUCGUGGCAAACCUACGUUGACGAGCACCUUAUGUGCGAUACCGAGGGCAACAUCCUCUCCUCUGCCGCAAUCGUAGGCCACGACGGCACCGUCUGGGCACAGAGCUCCUCCUUCCCUCAGUUCAAACCAGAAGAAAUUUCUGCAAUCAUGAAGGAUUUUGAUGAACCUGGCUCUCUUGCUCCGACUGGGUUGCACCUUGGUGGGACAAAGUACAUGGUGAUUCAAGGCGAGGCAGGGGCUGUUAUUCGAGGAAAGAAGGGACCUGGUGGCAUUUGUGUUAAAAAGACUGGUCAGUGCUUACUCAUUGGGAUAUAUGAUGAGCCAAUGACUCCAGGGCAGUGCAACAUAGUUGUUGAAAGGCUCGGUGAUUAUUUGAUUGAUCAGGGCUUUUAGUCAUUGUUCCGUGGUAUUUUGAGGCAAACAAUUUAAGAUUGUGGUUUCUUGCUGAUGGCACACAGCCAAAGUAGUGGUAGAUACAAUUUCCCCAUGGAUUCAAAGAGUAUUAUUUCCUUUGUGCUUUUCCCCCGUUGGAAGGUGAUUUGAUGAUUUCAUGUGAGAAUGUAAGAUAAUUAUUUUGAUUGGGUUUUUUAAAAUUGGACCGUUGGAUUUGACUGCUGCAGUAUUUUAAUAUAUGAUUUUAUGUAAAUUUUCUGGUGGAA